UGCACAUUGUCAUUGAGCUCUGACGAGAAGAGAGGGUAGACGUAUCGCCGGCUCGUCAAGAAUGGAGAGUUUUCUUGAGACGUUCAGAAACCUCGACACAUCACAGAAAAUUCUGUAUGUUUUUGGAGGUGCUGCAGUAACCGCCGUGUCGCUCGUCGCCAUAAGGAAACUCACGCUAAAAGAGGAGAAGCGUAAGGACUACCCCCGAGAUACAGUGAUCCUUCAUCAGAUCGGCAGAGGUCCCUAUGCCCCAAGCAUGACGCCAUUUGCUGUGAAGCUUGAGACCUACCUCCGGAUGGCCAGGAUACCCUACCAGAACGUCCAUGGGAUGAGACCGUCACCUAAGGGCAAGGUCCCCUGGAUUGAAUACAAUGGACAACCGAUGGGGGACUCUACGCUGUGUAUCCAAUUCCUCAACCAGAAGCUUGGGGUAGACCUGAACAAGCAUCUGAGUCCCGCUGACAAAGGGGUAGCGCAGGCGAUGCAGGUCAUGACGGAGGAACAUCUGUACUGGUUGCUUGCUCUCAUUCGCUGGAUCUAUAGCAGAGACGCAUCGUUUAUUUUGGAAACGUUUAAAUUCACGAAGUUUAUUUUGUGGAUGAUUCGACGAAAUGUUAAAAAACAAACGUGGAAUCAGGGACUGGGUCGCCACACGGAGGAGGAGAUAGUCGAGAUGAUGAACAAGGAUAUCCAGUCUCUCUCCGACUUUAUAGGGAGGAAGAGGUUCCUGAUGGGGGAUGAGCCCGGUGAAGCAGACUGCUCGGUGUUCGGGAUGCUGUCGCAGACAUACUGGCAGUUUAAUGGAUCUGGAUACGAGAAUCUCAUAAAAGAUAAUUAUCCCAACUUGGCAGCCUACUGUGAACGUAUGAAGGACGCAUUCUGGCCGGACUGGGACCAGUGCAUCACACACGGCGGAACAAGGGAGGCAACCAAAUAAAGGGAGAUAACACAGUGACUGAUCGUUCGUUUCCUAAAAAUGAAACCAUGUUGUGUGAUCCAUAAUAUGGAGUUACUGAAGUACGGCCAUGUAUUUACAUUUACUUACACUCAUAGUGAGACAAUUUUCCCACACCCCAACUUUUCUUGUUUUUGUAAGAAUCAAUAAGAGGACGUUUGGUGGUGGACCCAUUUCACUCUUUACCACUCAUUAUACGAGGGUAUUGUUUGUUUGUUUGUUGUUUUAACGCCGCACUCAGCAAUAUUCCAGCUAUACGACGGCGUUCUGUAAAAUAAUCGAGUUUGAACCAGACAAUCCAGUGAUUGACAUCAUGAGCAUCGUUCCACGCAAUUGGGAUCGAUGACUUGUAUCAACCAAGUCAGGAAGCCUGACCAUUCGAUCCCGUAAGUCGCAAUUUACGACAAGCAUAUUGGCCUUUUGCGGAAGGUUUGGGUUGUUGAAAACCUAUUCUAUCCCGGAAUCUUCACGGGUAACGGGGAUAUUGUAAUAUAAUAUACUGUCAUGUUGUCUGAUUGUAGAUAGGAUGUGUGAUGUUAACAAUCACCGUGUGUGACCACGUGGACAAUGGCCCAGUGAGCAUGUUGAGUAUUGGUGCUUGGGGAUACCAAUGGUAACAGUUUACUAUUAGAGGAAAGAGAAGUGAAUCUCAAUAUCAUGUAUAUUUGAAAUCUGCAGGGGUUUUAAUCCUUUCAGUCUCUGAUGUGAUGUAUUUUAAUAAUCAUAUUGUUAUAGUUUGGUGUAAUAAAAUAAU